CGUAGGACAGGAAAGGGGCCAGGGAGGGACCCCUGAGGAGACCCCAGAGGCAGAGGUACCCGAGGGGCCUGUCCAGGAAGAGGAGGAGGAGGAGGAGAAGAAGGAGGAGGAGGAGAUGCCCCCCGAGGGUAGCCCCGACGGGGAGGACGCGGCUGCGGAGCCCCAGGCGCAGGUCAGCAACCACCUGGCGGAGGAGCGCCCCGGGGAGCCCGCGCCGGCCAACGGGCCCCGGGCAGACGACGACGGGGCGCAGGAGGAGGGCGCGCCCGGCCAGGAGCACGACAUCACCCUCUUCGUGAAGGCUGGUUACGAUGGCGAGAGUAUUGGAAAUUGCCCGUUUUCUCAGCGUCUCUUCAUGAUCCUUUGGCUAAAAGGCGUUAUAUUUAACGUGACAACAGUGGAUCUAAAAAGGAAGCCUGCCGACCUGCAGAACCUGGCUCCGGGAACCAACCCCCCCUUCAUGACUUUCGACGGGGAAGUGAAGACAGACGUGAAUAAGAUCGAGGAGUUCUUAGAGGAGAAGUUGACUCCGCCGAGAUAUCCGAAGCUGGGCACCCAACACCCGGAAUCCAACUCAGCAGGAAAUGAUGUGUUUGCGAAAUUUUCAGCAUUUAUUAAAAAUACCAAGAAGGAUGCAAAUGAGAUUUAUGAGAAGAACCUGCUGAGGGCCCUGAAGAAGCUGGAUAACUACCUAAACAGCCCUCUGCCUGAUGAAGUAGAUGCCUACAGCCCCGAGGACGUGGCUGUCUCUGGGCGGAAGUUUCUGGAUGGGAAUGAGCUCACGCUGGCCGACUGUAACCUCCUCCCCAAGCUUCACAUCAUCAAGAUCGUGGCAAAGCGAUACCGAGAUUUUGAAUUUCCCACGGAAAUGACGGGCAUCUGGAGAUACUUGAACAACGCAUACGCUAGGGAUGAGUUCACAAAUACGUGUCCAGCAGACCAGGAGAUUGAACAUGCAUAUUCAGAUGUUGCAAAAAGAAUGAAGUAAAGCCGGGGAAUAUUUUCUGCCCUGUUUCUCAGUUGUAUGAGCUAGGCUCUAAAAUAAGUAUUUUCUUUAUGCUGUUCUUCCCCAAAGUACCCAUUGCAAAAGAAUGCCAAUAUUUGAACAGUUAGUCAUUCUUAGUGGGCUACACACAAGGCAAAAUGAUACAGGACUUCUAAUUUGUUAACUCAUGUGUGUGUUGGAAUAAUACCAAUAGCUAUUGUUAUAUGCACCAAUAGGCUGAUGGUAAUUUAUACCCUUGGCAAUCACGGGUGGAAAUCCACACUAUUUAGGGCAUGUAUGUGGUCAUUUAAAUUUCAGAGCUAAUUAGUUUUGGGUUCAAAUUUCUCCUUUAAUUAAAAAAGUGUAACUAUCUCUGAUAGUUUUCAUAAUCAUGCCUAGGAUGUUUGUCGUCUCUAAAAAAGUAGCUUAGUUAUUUUGAGAAUGAAAAACUGCUUAAUAAUGAUAAAAUGAUGCGUUUUGGUAUUUAAAUAUUUUAAAACCAAUGUCAGAGUGUUGGUUGAGAGUAAAAGGAGGAAAGAAAAAAAAACAUCAUCCACAGAUUCGCUAUUAGGUAACUCUUGGAAACUCACUGGUAAAUGUCUUUUAAAUCUGUCUCUCACCAAUUUGGUUUAUGUGAUAUUGUGUCACUUUGAAAACGCCGGUGAGGGAACCUGCUUGCUGUGCCUUCAUCAUCAUUCUUAGAGGACUUAGAGCGCUCCCAUUCAGCCGGACUCAAGGUGAAACAUGUGAGCUGUAUUCACAGGGAACAGAUUUGUAGGGUUCACAGAUGUUGAGACCCUAGGAGCCGACAGCAACUGGAAGCUGGAGGCAGACAGCCCUUGCUCUGCUUUGUUCUCGAUACCCUCACCAUGCCACAGGGGCAGUCACGGAGGAGAGUGGCUUCCUGUGUCUCUUACGCUGACUCCUUUUCCAGCAUCCCCUCUUGCUUCCUCUCCUCUCUGACACCGUGAAGGACAUGUUACUCCCGGAUGCAGGUCAGAGAAGCUUGUGUUGGAGCAUGAAUUGAGAGCCUCACUCGAGAGGAUGUGAGCCAGGAUGGUGAUUCCUUAGUGGUGGUGCAACGGGGGGCUGGCCCUGUGUGUGGAGCCCCUGUGCCCUCUCUCCACUUAUCUCAAGGACAGACAGGAAGCAGACCAGAGAGGCAACACUCCAGAUGAUGGCUUGUGGACAGUUCUGGUAAAUGACCGAGCUGGGGAGGAAGUGGAAAACCAUCGACACUCUGAGGAGUUUUCUGGCUUAUAUGUGACUUCCCCUUCACCAUAGCUAUAGCUUGCCUCUCUCAUUAAUGUGUGUGUGUGUGUGUGUGUGUGUGUGUGUGUGAGAGAGAGAGAGAGAGAGAGAGAGAGAGAGAGAGAGAGAGAGAGUCUCCUACUCAAGGCAUAGGAUACAAAACAGGACUAAUUUGAUGCUUCUCGAGACCUCGCAGGAUCUGAACUUCGCCUAUAACGACGUCCACAUACACUAACGGAAACUCCCUUGUUGAAUUGUUUGUUUUAUGUGGUGGAGGCUAAACUGCUCAUUUUUCAAUCUGCCCAUGUGUUCAAGGGUGAUUCAUUUGGAAGAGAGGAAAAUGCAUCCAUAGGAAUAGCUCUAGAAUUUCUCGCAAAACGUCUAGUGAGAGACACAGAGUCCCUAAUACUAUUCCCAGUUUUAUUUAUGGCUCCUGGGACACUAGGUUUUCCCUGAGAACGGUGAAUCUGGUGACGGCUUCUCUGUUUGCCACGGCACGUGGGCGGUUGUGUCUGGUGCGUGUGCCCUUGCUUACAUUUCAUGGCUAUUUAGGGGUCUGAUGUUUAAGUCUAGUUUUAUCAUGUUAUCUCUAGGGUCAGAAAAUAAAUAGUUUACCAGAUGUUACAAAUGCUAUCUUUGUGUUUCUAGAUGUUAAAAUGACCUACACGAACUCUGUGUGCCUUCAAAAUUAAACAAAUCAUAGACAUGUUUUAAAUUGGAGCCACUAUCUUUAUUUUUAACACUGCGUUUGCCCCUGAGGAUGAAAGAAAAUGAGAAGAAUUGGGUUUCCUUUAAAAGUGUGGGAGCACAUUUGAACAACAGAGAAUCUGUAGUUGAAUUCGGGAUCAUGGGU